UAGACCGGGUAACAGCUCUCGAGUCGAGUCCCGAGGAGCGGCGGGCGGUGAAUGCAUGCGGGCCGAGCCGGGCCAGUGUGUUCAGGGGCGCACUGUUUAUUUAAAAAAAAAAUUAUACUCCUUUAUGCAUCCUCCCGUCUUUGAGAUACCCCUCGUUGUUUCUUGUUUGUUUGUUUGUUGUGUUUUGGGCGCAAAAGCGGUCGUGUUUCGUGAGUUCCUUUGACGUGUGCAGCCUCUCGCGCGACUCUUAACCGGGCCUCCACUGAGAGAUUGAGAGUGUGACUGCAUGGACCGGACUGAACAUGAAGAGCCUCAAAGCAAAGUUUAGAAAAACGGAUGUCAAUGAGUGGAGCAAAAACGACGAGCGGCUGCUCGCCGCGGUGGAGCACGGCGAGGUGGACAAGGUGGCAUCGCUCCUCGCCAAGAAGGGAGCCAGCGCCGUGAAGCUGGACGGCGACGGCAAAUCAGCUCUUCAUGUGGCGGCUGCACGAGGACAGACGGACUGCCUGUCCGUCAUCCUGGCCCAUGGAGCAGACCUGUCCCUCACUGAUGCUGCAGGUUUCAAUCCGUUACACUUGGCUGCCAAGAACAAUCACACGGAGUGCUGCAAAAAGCUCAUUCAGAGUAAAUGUCCCAUUGAUGCUUUAGACAGUUCGGGGAAGGCUGCUCUGCAUCACGCUGCUGCGAGCGGGAACAUCCAGAUCGUCCAACUGCUGUGUGAACUCAGAAGUCCAGUCAACCUAAAGGAUGCCGACGGACUCGCCCCUUUGCUGCUGUCAGCCAAACACGCACAUGCUGAGGUGUGCUGCGCUCUGCUGGACUGCGGCGCCGAGAUCAACACUUGUGACAACAGCGGCAGGACCGCCUUGAUGCUGGCUAGCGAGUCAAACGCCAUUCCUGUUGUCGAAGUCCUGGUCCAGCGAGGAGCAGACCUGUGGGCGGUAGAUUCACAAGGUCAUGAUGUCGUACACUACGCCAAGCUGCUGGACAACGCUGGCGUCAUCACUGCCCUCAACGCUGCCCUCAACAGACGACACGCCUCAGAUACAACGUCUCGUAAAAGUCCUCAGCAUGAUCAAGUAGCUAAACUAAGUGAUGAACGGAUCACAACUCCCAAAAAAAGAAAAGCACCUCCACCUCCUAUUAGCCCACCGCAGAGCUCUGGGCCCACUUCUCCUUCAGUUCUCGUCUCCGCCGGGACGCCUGGAUCCAACAGUGACACUCCAAGAAGUUUCAACUACAAGGAGGAUGCGGUUAAGGGAACGACACUGAGAGAGGAGGUGGAGAAGCUGCACGAGGAGAGAAACAUGUUGCUGGAGACAAUCGAAGACCUGAAGCAGUCGGUGGAGCAGACGCUGACGGGUCCACAGCUGGAAACCAGGGUGACUAUAUCUACGCCACAGAUGAGCAGCUUUGACAACAGAUCUUUAGACGCAAACAGACAAGUCGAACACAGUUUUACAGCUUCUGCCGCUCUGGUUCGCGCUCUGCAGUCCAAGAUUACUGCUCUAACUUUGGAGAAUCAGCAACUUACAAGCAAACUUAAGAAACAUCCAUCCCUCCAAGGAAGCGAAGACCAGAAGGACAACAGUCGUCCGAACAGCAUGGCUUCCAACUCCUCCUUCCACUCCACCCAGGAUGAGUUUGAAUCUCGGGAAGACGUCUCAGGCGGUGUUUCUGUCGGACGAGAGGAAGAAGAGAGCGAAGGAGGGAGAGCCGGGGGCAAAGAGGAGAUCAGACUGUUGAGACAGGCGCUGGAGAGCGUUCAAGUGAAGCUGCUAGAAACCAGGAAGGAAAACCGCUCGCUUCACGCCCAGCUGAAACCCGAGCGAGAAAGGGAAGAGGAGGACAGCCUGACGGAGAAAGGAAGAGAGGAAGAGUUGAUGGAGAGUCUCGCGGAGCUUCAGGCAAAGCUGACUGACACUCAGGAGAGAUACCAUCAAGCUGUGGAGGAGGUGGAGGAUUUGAGGGAACAGAUGGAAAGGGGAGGAGGUGAGCCAGUGGAGGAACGGGAGUUGCAGAGAUGUACAUCAUCCACACUUGAGCAUGAAGUAAGACAGCUGAGGGCCCUGCUCGUCCAAUCGGAAUCUGAGCAGGAGAAGGCAGCGCAACGCGUCGGCCUGCUGGAGGAGGCCCUGAGAAGGGUGGAGGAGGAGAGAGGGUGUCUAAAGGAGAAAGAGCAGAGGACAGCACAGAUUGAGGAGCAGUACAAGGAGGCACAAGAGGAGAUUAGAAUCCUCCAGGAGGCUCUGAGGGGCACGGUACCGGUGGAAGCAGCAGCCAAAGACUUUGAGGAAAUGAAGGCUGAGCUGAAUGAGGUAAUUGCAGGGCUGCAGCGCCGCUUGCUGGAACUCUCGCACUCCUUCAGUGAAACCAAAAGUCAGCUGGGUGCUGCGCAGAAACAGCUGGCGGAGAGCAGCGCGGCCUCAUCUCCUGCCGCAGAGCACCAGCAGGUCCAGGUGCUGAACAGCAAGGCGGAGGAGCUGCAGGCGCUGCUGGCUGAGGCGGAGAGGAAGCACGCGGCUGCCCAGGAGGAGAUCUGCCUGCUGAAGCAGGAAGCGGAGGCUCAGGCACAGAGCUCCGUAGCCCUCUCCGACCACACGCAGGUGAUGUCGUCCCUGGGAAAUGCAAUCAAGGAGCUGGAGAGCCAGUCGGAGACACUGGAAGGGCAGCUACACCAGAAGAUUCUGCAGGUGGAGGACCUCCAGAACAGGCUGGCAGCAGAGAAAGACGCUACCCCCGAUGACUCAGUCUCCCGCGCUGACCACGAGAACGCUCAAGAGCAGCUGCGUCGCGAGGUGAACCACCUGACGCAGCUCCUCCAGGGGGCCCUCAGGAAGCAGGACGAGAUGGCUCUGGAGGCUGCGGAUGCAUGGCAAAAGGCACGGGAAAACCGCGCAGAGUGGGAGGCUCUGCAGGAGCUGGCCGUGUCCCGGGAGAAGGAGAACCAGACGCUAACCAGCAGGCUGGCCGAGUCCCAGGAUGCCGUGUGCCAGCUCAAGCAGCUGGUGGAGAACCACGUUGCCUCAGAGAGGGAAAAAAACAAGAGGAUAGAUGACCUGUCACGAGAGGUGGCGAAGCUGAAAGACGCCCUGAACAGCUUAUCACAGCUCUCCUACAGCUCUGGUCCUCCUUCCAAGAGACUGCAGCAAAACCAGCAGCUGGAGACGUUGCAGCAACAGAUCAAGCAACUGCAGUACCAGCUGGCUGAGUCAAAGAAGCAGCACCAUGAGAUCGUGUCAGUCUACAGGAUGCACCUCCUCUACGCUGUCCAGGGUCAGAUGGACGAGGAUGUCCAGAAAGCCUUGAAGCAGAUCCUGAUGAUGUGCAAGAUGCCAAGCCAGGCCAAGGAGGCCUGCUGAGACGCACCCCUGGUGUCCUGCGCUGAUCGCAGGCCGGGGCAACACAUGGUGCCUCUGGAUGAACCUUGAGUAUUUGUUGCCGGGGAAUAGGUUUACAACCAUGUUCGCUGCCUUCUAUAGUGUAAUUUUGACCGACUAAUACCAAGAAUCUUAUGAUGGAAAAUGCCCAGACAUGAAGAUACUGUACAUCAGUAAGUUGACCCUUGAGGUGAAAGAGGGGCCCGAGUGGUUCCAGCCAAAUGUUUAAACCCAGUUUAGCGCAUGUUAACACUACACUGUCAAUGUGCAGUAAGCUUAGGUCACAUGCAGUUCGAUAAGCACGGCAACGUAAACUUACAUGUAUGUGCGAUUGUGCGCACUAAUCAGUCUCAUGUGGUUUGUUUUUGUUACAAUGAGCGCUGAGAGGAAUGAAAUACUCACCUGGCACUACUGUUGGAAGUAUCCGUUUUAUGAUACAACAGUGUUGGUAAUAUUUUACUUGUUUAAAGUUUUCAUGGUCAACAUUUUCCUCAUACAGUGUAAAUUAUUAGUACCCUCUCAAUGCAUGUGACUUAGUUGAAUAUACAAGCCUAACAAUCAAAGAAUUGUUUAUUUUUUUUGGACGCACUUCUAUGAAGAAAAAGCAUGAUACUGUUUGUAUUGGUAUUUCUGUGUAAGCACAAAAUUGAUAAAACUGUACUUUACUGAAUUGUACUACAUGCCAUAUUUUCUAAAAUACUGUAUUUAAUGGCAGAUUUUAUAGCUGUAUUGUCUAUCACCUAAAAUCAUUUCCCUUGAGUAUUACACACUAUUUUGUCUAGUGACAAACGAAUUACUCUAUUUUCCUGUUAAGUCAUAUUCUACAUAUAAGGCGUUGAAUAUGAUCUUCGACUGUAAUCAGCAAAACACGUCGGUUGUUACAAACGUUUAACUGUAUAGGCUUAAUAUUUUGUCAUUAGUUAUUUUGACUGAAAAGGAGAGUUCUCUUGUCGUAUUUUACUCUUUGACUCAUUUGUUCAGCUAUUUCUUACUUGAAAAGCAGAUGUUCGAGUCACGUGCCUGGAAACCAUAAACAUCAGCCAUUCUCAAUGUCAUAGAUGCCAAUUUCACCAGGCUUCUUUAUUAAUGCGUUUACCAGGACACUUGAACGUGGCUUCUAGAGGCUUCUGUACUGCGGUCUCAUCUCACUCCUUCGCCUUAGUACUGUACUUCUGGACAAUGUUUCAGACACUAACGAAAUUCAUUUGUAGAUGACCGACUGAGGAAACCGGGUCGGGAGUUUCAAUCAGGAACCUUGUUACUGGAGAUUAACACCUGACGAGUAGAGCUUUUGCUUCUUUUCAUAGUUUGUAGAAUAUCAAACAACUUGACUCUUUCUUUCUAGGCCUUGACUGAAAUGUUUUGUAACAAGAAAGGGAAAAAAUAAAAACUCUUUGGUUGUUUUUUAAACUGAAGUGGAAAAAACUGUUUGCCGACUGCUUUGUUGCACACAAUAAUACAUUUUCAAGAAACCUGUACCGGUGUGUGUCUGUUUGUUUCCCCAUUGCUUGAAUCCCAACAAGUGUGAAAGUUAAGUCAUUUCUAAGAAAUUGAAACUUAAAGAAAACAACUAGAUCCCACACACACUCCUCCCAUACUUCUAAACUGUUUUAGAUCAAACAUUAAAUAAAAAGACAACCUGAACC